GCCACACGCCCUCCUCUUCUCUUUGCACACCAUGUCCUCAGAUCCGACCUCUGCACCCUCCGUGCCCCUUCCGAGUCGUCAGAACGGCGACAGUGGCGGCAAGCCACCCGUUUGGCCCAUCAAUCAUACCUCUGGAGGCGAAGUCCCCCCAGCCUCAAAAUGUGACAGACACGAGCCAGGUCGAGAGGGUGUCUGCUGCAAGGAGCUGGUUGACGAGGACGACCGCACACUGAUCGACCCAGACGUUGUCCGGGAUGUUGUCAUUGGUCUUUCUGACGGACUCACAGUCCCAUUCGCUCUCACUGCCGGCCUCUCUUCCCUGGGAGAGUCGAAACUCGUUAUCCUCGGCGGCAUUGCCGAACUCAUUGCCGGAGCCAUUUCAAUGGGAAUCGGCGGCUUCCUCGCUUCGCAGGCCGAGCGGGACCACUAUCGAUACCUCCGGAAACAGACGCGCUCGCGCGUACUUCGGAGCUGCGAGGGCGAGAUGGAGCGGGAAGUGCAUGCCGUCCUCGCGCCCGUUGGUGUCGACGAGAAAACCAGCCACGCGGUCGCGCGGUGUCUGAUGAACGUGGAAGUCGACUCGGCGGGCGAGGGCCCGAGCGGAAGCGACACGGAGAGCCGGAUGAGUAGAGCGAGUAGAAGCGACUCCGAGUCCGGCCUGCGGUGGAGCAGCAGCGUUGGUCUCUCUGCAUUCCUGCUCAAGUUUGGUGAGGGCCUGGAGGAGGUCCCUACGCGGCGGCUGUACAUCUCCGCAUUCACCAUCGGCAUGGGUUACUUCCUCGGAGGCCUCAUCCCUCUCCUGCCAUACUUCUUCGAACCGAUUGCACAUAUUGCGCUUGUCUACUCUUGUAUUGUUACGGGGAUCAUUCUGCUCAUCUUCGGUGCAGUGAAGGCCCGCAUCACCGGUGCCGCUGGCCGCGGCAUCGGCGAGUAUGUCUGGGGCGCGGUCAGCACAUUGCUGGUAGGUGGCGCUGCAGCGGGAGCCGCGUAUGGCAUUGUCGCAGCGCUGGAAGGAUAACCUGAUGGCAUGGGUAUGUGGGACGAUCAGUACUCUGUCCUCGUUUAGUGUAUUCUAUGGUCGUAUUCUACUU